AUGGCUCGUUCAAUUCUUUUCCUCUUCGCGCUCGCCAUUCUCACCGCACUCUCUCACGCCCAACGCUCAUAUGCACGCGAGGAGAGUGGCCAGAGACAACCACAAAAGUGCGGCAAGCUGUUAAUACGCAAAGAAUGGCGGACGUUGACGAAUAGCGAGAAGUCGGAGUGGGUCGGAGCCGUCAAGUGCUUGGGCAGUGUACGACACGAAAGGCUAUCACUGACGCAAGACAAGACGAUCCUUGAGGGGAAGAGGAGUCUAUACGACGACUUUUCUUAUUCGCAUGCCGCAGUAAGGCACAGCGCGCAUAGGAAUGCCUACUUCUUGCCGUGGCGUGCGUCCAUCCCGGUCCCCCCUUUUCUAUACUGUCCAAGCUCGUCACAUACUUACACGAGCGCAGAUCGUUGGUUCACCUACCUCUUCGACACCUCGCUCCGCCGCAAUUGUGGAUAUAGGGGUCCAACGCCAUACUGGGACUGGUCGCGCGAUCACGCAGAUCUGUUCGACUCGCCAGUGUUCGAAGACUCACCCGAGCACGGCCUGGGCGGCACGGGGGACUGCGAUCCCUCCUCCCCCGAGGCAGACUGCACCGUCGCCACUGGCGCUUUCGCCCUGUCCAACGGAGGCUUCGAGCUCGCGUGGCCGAUCCCCCACCCGCUGCGGAGGAACCUGACGCUCAUCACCGGCUGGUUCGCCCACGAGCUGCCCCAGAACCGGACCCUCGGCCCGGCCUCGGUGCGCAACGCCACCGAGCGGACCACGGGCGACUUCUUCAGCUUCCAGCGGGCCAUGGCGCUAAUGCACAACCACGUACACAACUUUGUCGGUGGCGACCUGGCCGGCGACUGCCCCAAGGCCCUGCGGGAGCAGGACUGCCCGGGCAUGGCGGAUAGCUUCACGCCCAAUGACCCGCUCUUCUGGCUGCAUCACGCACAACUCGACCGGUUGUGGAAUGAGUGGCAGCGCCGCCACCCGUCCAACUUCGCGGCAUUUUCCGGCAUGCCUCUGACCCCGCACAAUAUGACCAGCUCCAGCUACGAUCUUCACGCACAUGCAGAUCAUCUGAUGCCCUUUGACGUCCAGAGCGUGCCCGUGGCGCCGAGGAUGGUGUUUGAUAUCGAGGCUUGGCCGUUGUGCUAUCGGUAUGCAGAUGAGGAAUGA